UGCUAAUGUGAUUACCAACGUCGGUGACAAGAGAGUAGAGUUUGUUUUCGAUUUCUCGAACAGUUUACAAAAAUGUGAGCGUGUUAAGAGCAAGUGUGUUUCUUCGAAUGAUGAUUCCAACGUCAUAUCAGCCAAUAGUAUCUGACUCACCUUCAGAGAACAGCGACAACCACGACGAUGAAUUAGAAGACUCACAGCAUUCAACAUGGCGAAGAGCUAUUCAAAGAGUUCGCAAAAUAGAUAAGAGCUUUGUGGUAUCAAAGGCUUUCUAUUUCUUCUUCUACACCGCAUUGGGUUCCCUUUUUCCGUUUUUUAGUCUAUACUACAAACAGCUAUGGCUUACUCCUGGGCAGAUUGGCCUUUUACUUGCCCUAAGACCCGCCGUCAAACUUGUGUGCUUGCCGUUGUGGAAAAUGGUUACGGAUCGAUUUAGUAGGCCAAAAGUCGUCUACUUCAUCUCAAUUUUCGGUUGGAUCAUUGGCUAUUAUGGGCAGUCCUUUGUGUUUCCGACCAACACACCUUGUUACGGUUAUGCUACAGAAAUUCCUGCUACUCAAGAAAUUGCAUUUUCAACCCCAGCUUCAAAUCUACACUCGACCGCCAAAUCUAGCAACAUUACAACAAGGGAACUUACUUUGAACAAACAUUUGUCUGCAUUUGUACAAAAAUGGGACCAAGAAAGUUAUCAGGAAUUAAGCAAAAUAAAGAAAACAGAAGGGAAUUUAUUGGACAAUACUAUAAAAUCGGAAAAGAUCUUUAAAGACGCCUCCUCGAAACUAAAAUAUAUAACGCGGUCACAAUUGAAUGGUCAUUAUGCAAAUGAUGAUACAGAUGUAAGAUCAAAAAAGACGAGCUUUGUUCCUCGAAGUAAAAGUACUUUUAAUUUAUAUCCACUCGAAGACGUAUCGAUUGAGGAUAGUAGCCAAGUCAUCAAGGAACCACAAAAUGAUAAUCCAAGAGAAAAACAUUUACUUGUGUCAGAUUCAGCGCAGGGAAACUUCGUAACGAAACACAAAGACGAUGAAUUGCGACCUUACGAGACCUGGAACACUAUUACAAGGAGCCCAAGACCAAAUGAAGAUUUCCGCGUCAAAUACAAUACCUGGGUUUUUCGUACUCUCAUUUUAAUAGUAAUUCUUACGGAAAUUAUAACGACACCCACACCGAUGCUGGCAGACAAUGCCAUUGUAAGAUCUCUGGUAGAAACUGAUAGUGAGUAUGGUAAACAAAGACUGUUUGGUUCUCUUGGACUCAGCUUGGCUGCCAUACUUGUCGCUGUAUGGGUGUCUCUGGAAACCGACUGUGUGCAUACAGACACCAUCAAUUAUGUCCCGUGUUUUCACCUCUUUGAGAUUGCCAUUGGAGCUACAAUUUUGGUCUCGCUCUGCGUUGAGUUUAACAGACCUCUUGAAGAGAAUCCGAACGAGUAUGACAUCAAGGACGCUAUAAAGCUGUUUAAAAACUUCAAAAACGGCGUGUUCCUUGUCACGCUGUUCUUGUUUGGAUUUUUCCACAGCCUCCAGAAUUCGUUCUUGUUCUGGUAUCUUCAAGAUCUUGGUGGAACUCCUUCCUUGUUCAGUGUCAUCUUGCUCAUUUACUGCCUGGCUGAGGUUGUAAUGUACUUUAUCUCAGGGUCCGUGGGUGAGGCUAUUGGUCAACAGGGAAUCAUCUGCCUGGCUUUCGCAUGUUACACAGCUAGAUACCUCAUGUAUUCCUACCUAAAAGAUCCCUGGCUAGUGAUUCCCAUGGAAAUGGCACAAGGGAUUACCUAUGGAGGAGUGUGGUCCAUUGCUGCUGUUUAUGUGAACGCACCACCGGAGGCGACGCCUAUGGUUCAAAGCAUUCUUCAUGGAAGCUACUGGGGCCUGGGAAUGGCUCUCGGUUCAGGAAUCAGUGGUGUAAUCAUCGAUUUCACGAGCCCGCGCUCCAUGUUCCUCAUUGCAGCAGGAAUUUGUUUCCUACUGUGCAUGUUUCACUUGGGAAUUGACAUUUAUAACAAAAUGAAUGAUUUAGAAGCAGAGCAAGCCCAAAGGCUGGCAGCUCAACGUGGUGAAGCGAAGCCGUCUAAAUCCCAUGAAAGUUCCUUUAUCGGGGCAGCGGCUGCUCCAUUAGUGCCAUGCCUUCUCUACGGCAGAUAACUUGGAAAAUAUUUUUGUAAUUCGCAGGGAACCUUUAUCCGCGUUAAUUUUGUGAAAUCUUUUAAGGUCGCUUACUAUGUGGAACUUUGCCUGUUUAAGUCAUUUCGUUCGUAAAUUUCGUUGCGGGAGUAAAAAUUCUUUAAAAAAAAUUGCAUACGUAGUAUUUGUAUCUAGAAACAUGAUAUUUAAAACAAUAAAGGUACUUAACAUAGUUGAA